AUGGCUAUCCACUUCGGGUCAAAGAAUUUGCCCAAAGACUACAUUACAGACUUACUUAGAAAGAACGGGUUUCUUGAGCCAACUCCAGGUUCAAAACGGAGGGGAUUUGCAGAAAAGGGUCUACCGAGGUUCCGAGUUCCAGAUUCAGAGAAUAUCAGGCAUCGACUGAGGAAUGAGAUCUUCAACCCUUUGGCCAAAAUCUCACACCACUACAUGAUACCAUCCACUCAAGACCCUCAACAGAAUGGUGCCCGUCCUGCUGCUGUUCCCACUGCCCAUAUUUCGAGUAUGAAGUCAGGAAAUAUGCUAAGUAACCACACUAACCUCCAGCACAAAAGAGCGGCGAAUGUCCAGACUAUUGCAAAUUCGGAGCCUAUUGUUAUUAGCGAAGACGAGGAUGACAGCAUUGCCAUGCCUCGUGCAGCCCCUAGCGUGGCUCCUUCGAAGUGCCAGCACAUAUCAUCUAUGGGAAAUGGGGGCCGGGCUGAGCGUGAUAAUGCUGCGACUACCAGCCCUCCAUCGUCUCCUCCGCAUUCCCAAUAUUCACUUGCAUCCCGUGCCCAAGAGGAGCUAAGGAGAGGCCUGAGAUAUGGCGGUGGAAGGACCCGGCCUCUGGUUGACACCGAGUCGCAGGUUGCCUCUGUGAAUCAGCCUGUAAAGCAACAGCCAUUGAAACGGCGUAAACUUAGCAAUGCGGCCCAUCCCAUUGACAUCGGCGACUCUGCUGCAGAAGAGAGCGGUUAA